AUGACGGCGGUGCUCACCACCCGCUCCACCCCUCUCAUCCUGGCUGGCAUGGCGUUGGAGCGCUACAUCUCCAUCUGCUUCCCUCUGCACUACUGCCACAUGUGCACCGUCCCUCGCACCUUCCUCCUCGUCUUCAUCAUCCUCAUCCUCACCGCCGCCCCGCCCGUCACCGACCUCCUCAUCACCGCCGUCCACCGGCCUCUGAGCUUCUUCCACACAGACAUCUUCUGCGACCACCCGCUUCUCUUCCGCCACCGGUCCAUCUACUACAAGAACUGCGUGUUUGACGGCGUGUACCUGUCCUUCGUGGCUCUGACGCUGCUCUACACCUACUGCCGCAUCAUGAUGACGGCACAGGCCGCCUCCACCGGGCUGGCGUCGGUGAAGAGAGCCAGAAACACGGUGCUGCUGCACGGAGUGCAGCUGCUGCUGUGCAUGCUGGCCUUCGUGGUUCCUUCCCUUCAGGCUGCUCUCAUCUCCUUGUUUCCUCGCUUCAGUCUAGAGAUUCGUUACAUCUUCUUCCUGCUCGUCUACAUCAUCCCCCGUUUCAUGAGCCCCAUCAUCUACGGAUUUCGUGACGAGCUGUUCAGGAAGUACUGGACCCGGUACCUGGCUUGUCGGGGCCAAAGUACCGUCAGGGUCAUUCCGGUGUUACUGAAAGUGAACCAGGAGGUGAAAUAA